AUGCGUCCAUUAUCUUUGAAAGGACACGAACGUGCACUUACUCGAGUUCGAUUCAAUCGCGAAGGAGAUCUCGUCUUCACUUCUGCCAAAGACAAACGACCAUGUGUUUGGUAUACUGAAAAUGGUGAGAGAAUCGGAAGUUAUGAUCAACAUAAUGGAGCUGUUUGGGAUAUCGAUGUGACUUGGGACACUCAAAAAUGUGUGACAGCUUCCGGAGAUAAUACCGUCAAAAUUUGGGAUGCUGAAAGAGGAAAUUGUUUGAACACAAUCAAUCAUCAAACCCCGAUGAAAUCGUGCGGUUUUUCGUAUUCGGGAAAUUUGGUGAUUUUUACCACACAAAAAAUGACGAAAAAUAUGUCGAGUGUUCAAGUUCGCGAUAUUCGCGAUCAAUCGCAGAUGGUUGAUGGGGCGGAGCCGAUUUUCAGCGCACAAUUUGAUGUGAAUGCUGGAACUGCGCUUUUCAGCAAAUUGGAUGAUGAGGUGAGUGUGGAACUCUUCUUGGAGCUGAGAUAAUCAUCAAGAAUUAAUUGCUCAAAUCCGGGCUUCAGAGAGCUCCAACCGAUAUUUUUGAAUUUUGAUUUCACAGCGUUGCUCAGAAUAUUUGAUUUGAUAUUUAACUCACAUUGACAAAUAAACUAGAAUUAAUUAUACAUAGUUUAAAAUUCAAGAUUAUCGUCGGAAAAUAUCAUUUUUUUUUAAUCACAAAAAUGCUCCUAGAGGUAUUUUUGUGAUUAAAAAAUAAAAAAUGAUAUUUUCAGACGAUAAUCUUGACUAUAAUUAAUUCUAGUUUACUUGUCAAUGUGAGUCUAACCUUCUGAGCAAUGCUGUGAACUCAGAAUUCAAAAAUAAUGGAUCUGUAGCUCUUGGAAGGUUUCUAGACGAUUCUUGAGUAAUUAUUGAGCUUUUCAUCCUUUGAUUUCACUCUGUAAAGUUAUCAAAACUCUUCCCAAACCUACUAUUUUCAUUUCAGAUUACAAUUGGUUUCGAAUCCGGUCUGAUUCUUCAAUACGAUUUGCGAAACAGUGAACAAUCAAAGAAUGCAAAUGAAAGUGUUCACAGAUACAGUGUUCAAGAUUUGCAAGUUUCGCCAAGUGGAGAAUUUUUGAUUUCAUCUUCAAGAGAUAAAACAUCGGCUCUUUUGGAUAUUAAUGAUUUGAAGAAACUCAAACAAUACAAGUGAGUUGAGAUUUAGAAAUGAGAGCGUUUUCGAAAUUGAAAACGUGAAUUUGACCUGCCAAUUGCGGGAAAAAUGUUUAUUCGAAUAUUUCGACAAAAAUUUAUUUUCAAAAUUUCACUGUUCCAAAAAAUAAUAAAGAAAUUUGGUUUUCAAAAUUAAAAUGAUGAGUUAACCGUAUAUUUUGAAAAAAAAUUAAAAAUCUGAAAAACCUCUCAAAUCCUUCAGAACAACAAUCUGUGCUAAAAUUGAUUUAAAUUAAAAAAUAAAUUCUACUGUUUUCUUCAAAACUAAGAGUUUUCAUGAAUGACUCGAAAGUUUACACAAAAAUGUAAUUUGGAUUUUUUUCACUGUUUCAAAAAAUUAGUAAUAAGUUUGGCUUUUGAAAUUGAAUGAUGAUUAUUCCGUAUUCGUCUUCAAACAAUUCCAGAACAUUUUUCAAAGCUCAGAAUUCCUUUGAAAACUCUGAAUUUUAUCGAAAAACCUCUGAAAUUGUUCAGAAUAUUUUAAAACUGGUUGUUUGAAAAAAAUCGACAAAAUUCAUUUUCAAAAUUUUUUACUGUUUCAAAAAAAUUAGGAAUUUGAUAUUAGAAAUGAAUGAUCAAUAACGUUUUCAAAUCAUGCCGUGAAGUUUUAGAAACACUUGAUAAAAUCUGAUUAAAUAAGGCCAAAACUAUGCCUUUCUGAAAAUCCUUUUAAAAAAUUGAGAUGAAACGAAAUUCAAAAAAUUACUGUUUCAAAAUUAUGAAGAAUGCAAAAAUUCAAAAACCUUCUGAAUUUGAAGGUUUUAAUUUUCAAAACUCACAGAAAAUGCUCCUCGAUUCCAAGAAAAAGUUUCAACAUUAUGAAAACCUAGUCUUCGUGUAAAUUUUCAAUUUUUUGUGCUCAAUGAGGAUUAGUGAUAUUUGAAAAUCAAAAUUGAUUAUUUUUGGGCUUAUUUAUUUACUGUUUCAAAAUUAUGUCAAAGGAAAAAUAGUGAAAAUAUUUCUAAUAUAACCCCAUUCAACUAAUUCCUCAAAUUCAAAUUUUGCAGAUCUGAGCGUCCAGUCAACUCUGCGUGUAUUUCUCCAAUUCGUGAUCAUAUUUGCCUUGGAGGAGGAGAAGACGCGAUGCAAGUAACACAAACCUCAGUUUCUGCCGGACAUUUCGAAGCCAAAAUCUAUCAUAUGGUAUUUGAGGAGGAAUUUGCGAGAUUCAAAGGACAUUUCGGACCGAUUAACACAAUGGCUUGGCAUCCAUCUGGAAAUUGUAUUGCGACUGGAGGAGAAGACGGUAAGUCAUGUUUUUGAGAUGAAAAUUUGGAAUUUUUUGAAUCUAAAUUUGAAAAUUCAAAUUUCGGCUUCGAAUUCCACGUUGAAAUCAUGUGAAAAUGUGCAAAAUUCCAUUUUUCACUCUAAAAAAUCGCCUAUUUUUUCCAGGUUACGUGAGAAUUCAAGAGUUUGACGAAGAUUACUCAAACUUCAAAUACGACUUCUAA